GACAAAGGGAACCCAAUUCUGGAAUAAAGAGCAAAGAACUCUUCUCCUCUUCUUUUCCUAUUAGCCCAAAUUUGUUCAUCUUAGCCUGUAAUUAGCCACAUUUUCCACCAUUUUCCACCAAAAAUUCCAUCCAUUAAUCAUGGAAGAAAGGAAGGAGCAUAUGAUCUCACCAACAAUUAGUGGGAAGAGAACCGCAGGCAUCACUUUCCGGGUUGCCCAUUUUCUGUCACCGACGGUGACUUCCGACGACGGCGAGGUUCCAUCCAGAACCAUUUCACCUCAUGAUUUGAAGUUUAACUUUAGUAAGAAACAAUCUGUCAAAGUGAAAUUCCCUGGAUGGAAGCAGCCACCCAAAGAUUGGGGUGCUUGGGUGGAACGCAUGUAUUCUCUACAUCAUUUUAGGUGGAAAAGAGCCGGAAUCUGUGAUGCAAUCAUGAAUUCUACCCACAUUAUACAUAGAAACAAUGAAUUGAUUCAUGGGUUUGCAGAAAAAUGGUGUCCUGACACGAACACCUUCCUGUUUCCUUGGGGGGAAACCACCAUCACCCUGGAGGAUGUGAUGAUUAUAGGUGGUUAUUCAGUUCUCGGUGACCCGGUUUUUAGCCCCAUUGAAAGCCCCGAAUCAGAGGAAGUAGAAAAGAAGUUACUUGAUGCAAGAUCAGAGUUAAAUCAAACGGCGGCUAAGAAGGCCUGUCAGGGUGGUUGGUUGAAGAAGUUCAUGAAUAGCGGAAGUGAAAUCGAGCACGAAGCAUUUCUUGCCUUGUGGCUCUCAAGGUUCGUAUUUCCAACAAAAUCUUGUGAUGAUACAAUAGGGAGGCAUGUUUUGAAUAUUGCAAUUCAUCUAGCUAGAGGUACCAAAAUUGCUCUUGCGCCUGCUGUUCUAGCCAGUCUCUAUGCGAAUUUGAGUGAAAUGAAAAGGGCUCUUGUUAUUAGUGGUUCUAAGAGGCUACAAAAAAAUGGGAAAGGGACUAAGAAAGAUGAGAUCUUGGAGGUCUCAAUUUCUGCUCCAUUUCAAUUAGUCCAGAUUUGGACAUGGGAGAGAUUUGUUUCCUUGCGGCCAAAUCCUUUGCCUUUUGAAACUGAUCAGCCAAGGUUUGCCAAAUGGCACAAUUUGAGGCUUAAGGACAUUGGAGAUGUCAAAUUAUCUAUAGAGAAAGCAGGUGAUUUGUUCCUUUGGCGGCCUUAUGCUGUGGGUAGCAAAAGCUUAUUAGUACCUCACGGGAUUUACAAAGAAGAGGCUAGGUGGCUCACAGUUGGUUCUAGCAUUGAUGAAGAACAAGAGGUACUUUUAAGAUGGCUGACGAUAAGUGAGCUUGUGGGAAUAGAUUCUAACUGCAUUGAGCAGUACCUUCCACAUCGUGUAGCUAUGCAAUUUGGCCUUGAUCAAGAUGUUCCUGGCCCUGUAGCACGGGUUAAUUCCAGCCAAAUCAUGGCUUGGGAAAAUUAUAAUAGGGAAAUCAGAGAUGGAAGGUUAUAUGUUCCAUCUCGCCUCUUUGAGUCGGAUGUUACGACUCGAUAUUUACAGUGGUGGAAGAAUUGCAGAAUCGUUUCGAGUUGCAAUCCUGUAAAGACCAAUGCCCUUGGUGUGAACUCAAACCAGAAGGGUUUGAAUAAUAAAAUGCAGAGCUCUUUACUUGAAAAUUCAACCAAGAAAAGGAAAAAGAUUUCCGAACUUGAGAAAUCAUCCAACAAAAAGAAAAGAAUUUCCAAGUGUUCAAAGAGUUCAUCUGGAAAGAAUUUGAAAGAUGGUGCUGUUCUCUCUUCAGUUUUUUCUUCCAAGUCUAAUGAUGAGGAAAUGCCGCUGAGCGCUUUGCUUGAGAAAUCAGCCAAAAGGAGGAAGAAGAUCUCCAAACUUGAGAAAUCGUCCAACAAAAGUAGAAAAAUUCUCAAGCUUUUAAAGAUUUCAACCAAAAAGAAUUUGAAGGAUAAUACUGUUGCCUCUUCAGGUUUUUCUCACAAGUGUAACAAAGGGAGGCCGCAUCCUGAGUAUACUGACGGAUGCCACCAGAUUCGUCAGCUCCCAACGAAUGCAUCUGGCAGGAAAAAUAAAGGUCCAAAUGUGAUCACAUUAACUGGUUCAGACUUUAAGAAGGCCUUUGGAAAUCAAAUGAGGCCUAACAGCACUCAAAAAGUGGUGGAAAGUGAAAAUGGAAGUGCAAAAGACAAGAAUCUUGAAAAUGGAGGAGCUAAGAAAGUGGUCGGAUCAACAGGUUUUCUGAGCUCAUCAGAAAAGAAAUUGAAUGAUCGCGAUGCUGUUGUUGGAUCGGGUUGUCAUAAUCACAAAGAAAUGCCGUAUACUGAUGCAUCAGGAAUUAAAGAUAAAGGCUCAAAUAUGAUUAACUUAGCUGGUUUGGAGCAUAAAAAUGCCACCUUUGCAGAUGAAAUGAGGCCUGACAGCAUGCGGAAAAUGGUGGAAAGUGAAAAGGGAAGAAGUUCCAAAAGAGGAUCAGAAUGUGAAGAUCAAGUGACCAGUGCUGACAGUAAGAACAAGUUCAUCAACUCGAACACGAAGAAUGGAAGAAAAUGCAGGUUAGAUGCUCUUAAAGACCUGUUAAUCCAAUGGGAAACUCACUGUAGCAAUCUAGAGAGGAUUGUAGCAGAGUAUAGAAGAAACCAUGCCCAUGUUAGAACGUGAGAAUGAAAAUGAAGUUUGAUUGUUUGUUAAUAAGAAUGAACCUUAAUUUGCAUGUCUUUUGGUUUUUCUAAUGUUUGAUGGCUUUUUUCUGUAUGCGUUACGGCAGAUCACAACUUCGCUUCUGUGUUUAACCUGCUGAGUGCCAAUUCCAGGGCCUUACUGAUACCAACAAUGAAGAAUGAUUAAAGUUAAACUACAGACUCCAUCACCAUUGCAGCACUUUUUUUUUUUCUUUUGAG